AUGGAUGUAGCGUACGUUACGAUGAAAACUACCAGUAAUGCCCAUAACCACAGUCCUAUCAAAGACGUUCACCUUGGAACGGAAUGCGGAAAGAUAACCGAAGUUAAUGAGUCGAUCAUUGGAAGGCGAAUAGUACAUGAAAAAAACUUCGGGACUAUCUGUUAUGUCGGUGAGUUGCCGAGAUCGAAUGGGUCUUGGCUUGGAGUUGAUUGGGAUGACCAAUCGCGUGGCAGACAUGAUGGAACUUACGAUGGUGUCCGGUACUUUCAGGCUAAAUGCCCAACUUCCGGUUCAUUUGUGAGGCCUUCAAAGGUGUCAUUGGGUACCAGUCUAGAGGAAGCUCUCGUAUAUAGAUAUGCCGUCUGCACAACUUGUCAACUGGAAAUCCAGACUUCUUUGCGAUCACGGGAAAAGCUCACAGGUAGUUCUCAAAAUAUCCUCGUUCAUGAAUGCACCCAACUUGGUCAUCUAAACAGUUACCUUGGUAGUACUGCGGAGGACGCUGAAUACUUUGGUACUCACGGAUACCCAAAAGACACAUUUCGAAUCGAACUUUACACUAAUCCUGGGACUUGCCAUCAAUCGACUUCUCAUGACGAAUUAUGUGGAGCAGAUGCAGCCAAAAGUUGUCUCAACCGAUUAAAUAGUGUUAGUUUGUCUUCCGUGCCCGUAUAUCGUGCACUAUAUGGAAAAAGUGACUUUUUCCCUGAUCGACAACCUGAAUACUCACCACUUUGGCCAUCAUCUGGAGGCUGUCUCGACCAGUUUUUAUCCAGUUUAUGCAAUCUGGAAAUGAGCAAUUGUCUGUUAUCAAAGUGGACAGAAAUUGCUGAGAUUUGUAUUCAAAUUCCGUGGUUAAAAUCCUUGAAUGUCAGUAACAACCGCAUUCGUUUACCUGUUUCUCCAAAAGAAGUGCAUGAUAAACAAAAAGAAAAUGAAUGUCUGGAAUCUAGACUUUUAUAUGACAUAUACUCGGACCCUAUCCUAAGUGAACGGUUGUGUUCGAACGCUUUUCCCCAGUUGUCGCAACUUACUUUAGUCAAAUGCUCACUCCUAAAUUGGAAAAGUAUUAGGAGAAUAUUAUGUUGGAUGCCAUCUUUACAGUCGUUAUCUCUAGCUUACAAUAAUUUGGGCAAUCCUCCAAUUGACUGGGAAGAAAAUGCUAUUAAAGUUUUCCAAAAGUUGACUGAAUUAGACUUAACUCACAUAAAUCUAACGUCCGCUCAUCAGUUAUUCGCCCUUGUUGGAGCCUCCAAAUAUCUGAACAGCCUGUUGUUAAAUUAUAACGAGAUAGCAGACAUUCCAAAUCUAAAUGAUCAUUCUGAGCACAUCUCCCAAAUACAUGUACACGAUAAAGAUACUUCGCAUCUGUUUCGAAACCUCAACACUCUUGGGUUAAAGAACAACUUAUUCACAAAUUGGAAUUUUGUUAAUCAAUUACUGCAUUUGUCCAAAUUGGAUCAUUUGAUGGUGUCGGGAUGCCCAGUUUUCGAAAACUCUGUCAAUAUAGAAACCGCUCGUCAGGAAGUCAUUGCUCGUUUGCCAAAUCUUAAAAUGUUAGACCGUGUUGAGAUUACUCCUGAAGAGCGCCGCGGAUCUGAAUUGGACUACUUAAAACGUUAUGGAGCUAGCUGGCUAAACUGUUGUAAAAGCGAUAAAAAUAGUAAGCAAAAUAACGAUGUCAAACUUUUGGAGGAAUUCUACAAACUGCAUCCGGUUUUCGCCAGACUUUGUGAUAAACAUGGAGCUCCUGAAAUUGGAGAAACCAAGCCAGUUAACCGCUCAAUUAAAGCUGGUCUUCUAUCUCUUAUCUUUAUAUUACAACAUAACAAGAACAAUGGCGCAACAAACAAGUCUAGCAGUCGAUCAUCAUCGCCAAUGGACAAAAACGAUCGAAUUCAAAAACAAAUACCUAGUCAAAUGACUAUUAACCAUCUACGUAUGAUGAUUAGACGAUUGUUUUGUUUAUCACCAAAAACACUGUUUGAAUUAUAUGCACAAAGUGGAAGGCAUCGUGGUAUUGUUAACACUGAAAUACCGUUGGAUGUAGAUACACGUGAAAUAGGAUUUUAUAAUUUAGAAAAUGAUGAUUAUAUUUUUAUACGAAUAUGAUAAUAGUGACUACGUUGUGUUCUAGUUUUUCCUUCCUUGUAUUUACUACUUGGUUAUCUCUUUAUAUAUAUAUAUCUUGGUAUUCUUAAAAAUCAAGCUUGUAUUUAAUUAUUUCCUAUCCACCUACAACUUUCAUGAGUUCUGUUGUGUACAUGUCA